AUGAAUACGUUGUUUUUGUUGGCAUUUUUUUUUGUUCUUCUUGGACACUCAACUAGUACAUCACUCUUUAUCUCGCGGAUUGGAAGAGCUAGAGCGUACGGUAGUUGUACUGACAAAUUGAGUGAUUGUCAAGCUAGAGCUCAUCUCUGUGAUCAUCCUGUAAGUUUUAUAAUGUCAAAUCUACAUUUAUUGUUUAACUUUUAGUUGUACGUUGAAAGCUUGACCAAUGACUGCAGAAGAACCUGCAAGAGAUGUGAUGGAAAUUCAAAACCAGCAUGGCAGUGUAAAGACUCAACAUCAAACUGUAAAAGGAACAAGUAUUUGUGCCAAAAUCCUGUACGUAAAUCACAUUUUAAAACUUUCUUCCUUUUGCUUUUUCUACGACAGUUACUCAAGGAUACCUACAGAAAAGAUUAAAUUAUAGUAUACUACUAUAGUAAUGUGCUAAACUAGUGAAUAGGUUUAGUGAAAGAAAAAACGUCUUUUACGGUAUAAUAUUAAUAAGUUGGUGUAGAUUUUAAAAUUUUUGCCUGAAUGCUUAAAAAUGCUAUUUUUAACCGCAAAAAAAAAGAAAAAAAUCGUAACUUACAGUUCUAUGAAAUAUUGGUUUCAGCCCUACGUUUCCUUUAUCACUGAUGACUGUCCAGUGACUUGUGGCUUCUGUAAACAAUAA